AUGACGCGAACAAAACCUUUGCUCUCUGUGCCUUCGAGGCUAGGGCAAUGUCAUACUUUCCUCCCUCGACACUUCUCCACGUCCAAGGCGGCCUUCAAGAUUGGUCCGGAAUCGCCCAGAUUUAUCGAAGUUCCUCAACCAAUUCAGCCGCAAGCCCCCGGGGUGCCAGUUGUAAAAGGUGUACUGCCUGUGCCUCGACAGAUUUUCUCGAAGCGUGGGCCGGUGAAAACAUCAAAAGCCUACUAUGAUAAAACUGUACCAAAACCAAACAAGCACCAUCGCCAUGUCGGAGCAAAGAACUCGGAAGAGUCCCAUUAUCUUAUUUGGAAAAAACAAUCGGCGGAGCUGAGAAGACGGAAUUUGCGAGAAGGACUUUUGGAAUUGUCGCACAGAAAAAUAAACACCGAUAAUAUUGUUGCAGCAAGAAGCGCAGCGAAGCAGGCCGACCAUCAGCGGCUCAUCAAUGAGCCUGAGCGGGAAGACGAACGCCUCACAAAUCCUUCUAUUCUGGUCUCGAUGAAGCAACAGAAGAUUGGCAUGCUGCCUGAUCCCAACCGAGAAAGCCGAAUUGUCGACAAAACCUUGAAACUUCAAGAACGCCAGGCUGCGAAAGAGCAAGAACGGAAAGAUCGGUUGCAUACCCUUUAUACUCAGGCUCGAGAAUUUAUCACAACGGAGGCGCAACUCAACGAAGCCAUUGACAGAACGUUUGUGGAGUACCCCGAAGAGUUCACCAGUGAUGGAGGGCUUGGUGAGAACAUUUGGAACAGAGGGUCACCUGAGACAGUUCAGCAGAUGCUGAAUGAGAUCAAUAGAACCGGAAGCAAUGCAAUCAAGCAUUACACCGGUGUGGGAGAUAUUACUCAGAAGCGUGUUCGGAGAAUUGCGGAAGAAUUGACCGGCGGUCGAUUGUAA